AUGGCGACAAACUUUGACAUGAACAACAUGACCGUUGAACAACUUAUGGCACUUAGCGAGAUAGUUGAUGACAGCGGUAUUAGUGAUUUCGAAGAUGAAGUGGAGAAGAUAACGAAUGACAAAUUCUAUCGAGUUGCACCUAAGGAUAAGGGCAAAGAUCCCUUUGAAGGAGAAAGCCAAUUCAUAGAUGAAGGCGAUCGUUCUACCGACCCUAGACGAGCAAGAAGACGACCAUUGAAUGAGAAGGGUGAGAGAGGAAUUAUGCCAACGUGGAAAUAUUCCGAGAGACAGAAGGCAAAGGCUUUGCUGGUUGAGGAGGCAUAUCAAAGUCUACUCAGUCAGGGAGUUGAGGGUUUACCACCAACAAUGGGAGGUAGAUGGAGAACUGAUGAUCCUCAAGUUAAUGCGGAGAUGAAGAGGCUAGAGAAUAUUAGGAAUCCUAAACAUCCCAGAGGAAGGCCGCCAAAGGCUAAAUCUGAUGCCAAGGUUGCGAUUCCAAAGAAACGUGGAAGACCACCAAAGGCUAAGGUUGACACUAAGGUUGUUAUUCCAAAGAAACGUGGAAGACCAGCAAAGGUUAAGUCUGAGGCUGAGGUUGUGAUUCCAAAGAAACGUGGAAGACCACCAAAGGUUAAGAAGCAAAGUGUCGCGGAAAGAUUCAUGAGUCAAAAUAAAAUAAAACUCUCGAUUCCUGCGGAUAGUGUGAUAACCCAGGUGGGACCUAAUAAGUUCACGGUGACUGUGGACCUAAGCAAGAGACCAACAAGGAAAGCUCCUGAGGUGCCGAAAGGUGUAACUCCAUGGAGGCCUGUUCCUAAGCCCAGGACAGUGUUCCCUAAAGAAAGACCUGUUCCUAAGCCUAGGUCUGUGUUCCCUAAAGAAAGACCUGUUCCUAAGCCUAGAACUAAAAAGCCAGUGCCUCCUCCAAAGUUAAGAAAGCCUGUGAAGGCAACGAAAGAAGUUAAGGAACAGCCCGCAGUGGUCACACCAGAGAAACAUGAGAUUGAUCCAUUUGGAACAUAUCUUGAGAAGCCUUCUCAUAGAAAGAUAGAAACCGCCGCAAAUGGUGCAGCGGUGACUUACUCAAUAACUCCAAACUUUAUGGAUCCCUUGGACCAGAUGACAGCAAGUAGGCAGGUGGUGAGGGGAAUUCUAGUGAAUGAGUUGAGGAGAAUGGGAGGGUUGAAAUAUACGGAGACAAUUAAGGUGAGAAUGUCCAAGGAAAUCGGAAAUGAUAAAACAAAGAAGGAUUCAGUGUACUUUAAGUCAAAAACUGGAACUGCAACUAACUUUGAGGAUAUUGAAAGCACUGCAGCUCAGAACCAACUGACUAUCUUAUCCAGAAUUGAAACUUUCCAGAACUUAGGUUCAAAUUGGAUUAUUCUGAACAUUGAAAGCCAUUACGUUAAUAUUGCAAUGUAUAAACCUCUAAAGGGUAGUUCAUAUAUGAAAUUACCCGCAGACAUUAGCAAUCCAAAAUGUGGUCUUAUAAAUAUGCAAAAUGAUGACAAUAAAUGUUUUAUGUGGAGUCAUGUGAGACAUCUGAGGCCGAAGGCUAGGAGGGCAACUGCUAUAACAAAGCAAGAUAGGGAGUUCGCGGAGAACCUAGACUAUGAGGGUAUUGACUUCCCUGUAAAGAUAAGCGAUAUUGAUAAAAUUGAGAGGAAGAACUCAAUAAGCAUAUCAGUGUUCGGUUAUAAGGGCAAAAAGCAGUUCUACCCAAUCAGGAACUCUAAGACCAAAUAUGACGAACAUAUGGAGUUGCUGCUGUUAGGCGACAACGAAGGUGGUAAUCACUACGUCCUAAUAAAGGAUGUAAAUAGAAUGCUCUUCAGUGUCAGCGGUAACUCAAACAAGAAGCACUUCUGCUUAUAUUGCCUUCAUAGUUGCACUAGUGAGGAAUCACUAAAGAAACAUAGUGAAACGUGUAUCAGCGUAAAUGGAACUCAGGCCACGAAGCUUCCAGAUGAAGGUUCAAAAAUAAAGUUCGGACAUUAUAGAAAUUCAAUGCCUGCUCCAUUUGUAAUCUAUGCUGACUUUGAAUCUAUGCUUGUUCCUGAGGCAAGGAAAGUGGAAUCAGAGGGCAUUGAGGAGAAGAGUACAACAGAACUUUACCAAACACAUAAAGCUUGCAGUUUCGGGCUGAAGACAGUAUGUCAUUAUGAUGAUCAGUACUCAGGUGAAUAUGUAAGUUAUGUUGGUGAAGACGCUACAGUGGUCUUCUUGAAGACAGUUCUGAGGGAAUCUAUUAGGUGCCGAGAAAUGGUAAAUAAGAUCUUCAAGAAAAAGAUGGUAAUUACACCAGAACAAGAAGCUGAGUUCUGGAUGACAAGGAACUGCUCCAUCUGUGGUUGCGACUUAGGUGAUGACAGAGUUAGGGACCAUGAUCACGUAACUGGACUGUUCCGUGGAGCUGCUCAUAAUAUGUGUAAUUUGAAAUAUAGAAUUACAUGGAAACUUCCAGUGGUCUUCCAUAAUCUAAGAGGUUAUGAUAGUCAUUUAAUAAUGCAGGAGAUUGGCAAGUUCAAGAUGAAUAUUAACGUAAUUCCAAAUAACAUGGAAAAGUACAUUUCCUUCUCGUUAGGUAAAAGUCUUGUGUUUAUUGAUUCAAUUCAAUUCAUGGCUUCUUCUCUAGAGGCACUUGUGAAUAACCUUUCACCUGAAGACUUCAAGAUAGUCGGUAAGAGGUGGCAAGGAGAGGACUUCGAUCUUGUAAGACAGAAAGGAAUAUUUCCCUAUGAAUACUUAGAUGACAUCAGCAAACUAGACUCUGAGGGGCUUCCAAGUAAAGACAAGUUCUAUUCAUCUCUGUAUGAAUCUGAAGUGAAAGAUGAAGAUUACGAAAGAGCUCAAAAAGUUUGGGAUCACUUUGGAAUGAAAACAAUGAGAGACUACCAUGAUCUCUACCUGGAGACUGACGUUCUUCUUCUAGCGGAUGUCUUUGAGAAUUUCAGGAAGACUUGCCUGGGGAAUUACAAGCUUGACCCUGCUCAUUACAUCUCAGCACCCAGUCUAAGUUGGGACGCGUUCUUAAAACAGUCAGGUGAGGAAAUAGAAUUG